AGACAGAGAGAGGGGAGCUGUGUGCAGCGCUCCUCAUCAGUCGGCAGAGGAUUUAUCUGAGGGACAUUUGGAUGCAGGAAAAUAAAUAAAAACAAGAACCAAAGACCCAAAAAGGACUGACACCAUACAAGAGCAGCGAUGCGAUUGGUCAGUGUGGCCGGGGGACGGCUCCGCAGGGCGGCAGAGGAGGAGGGGGAGAGGGAGAGGGAACCUCCACCACCACCGUCGCACCACUCCAACCACCAGUUCUCCAGCAUGAAGAACAAGUUCUUCAAUGAGCUCACACACCUGCCGAAUCAUAAACUCAAGAUGCCCAUGUGGGCGGUGGGAGCCAUUGUGGUCGUGGUCCUCGCCCUCGUGGCCUGCAUGGGAUUCUGCAUCUACAAGAAGUGCUUCAACAAAGGCAAGAAGCCGAAGAAGGCCCGUGAGAGAAAGGCAGGACGAGGACGCAGGAAGAAGGACAAGGAAGGAGAGGACGGAGAUGACAAGAAGGAGGGAGAAGAAGGGAAGGAGGAGGAGGAGAAGGAGAACUUUGGAAAACUGGAGUUCACACUGGACUACAACUUUACUGAUAACCAGCUGAUAGUCGGCAUCCUUCAGGCUCAGGACCUGGCAGCCAUGGACAUGGGAGGGACCUCAGAUCCUUACGUCAAAGUCUACAUGCUGCCGGACAAGAAGAAGAAGUUUGAGACCAAAGUCCAGCGCAAGAACCUCUGUCCCGUCUUCAAUGAGACCUUCACCUUUAAGAUCCCCUACAAUGAGCUGGGCGGUCAGACUCUGGUGCUGCAGGUGUUUGACUUUGAUCGAUUUGGUAAACAUGACGUCAUCGGCGAGAUCAAGAUCCCCAUGAACAGUAUAGACCUCGGACAGCCGUUACAUGAGUGGAGGGAUCUGGUUGGAGGAGAGAAAGAGGAGCAAGAGAAGCUUGGUGACAUCUGCAUUUCCCUUCGUUACGUCCCCACGGCUGGUAAGCUAACGGUUAACAUCAUGGAGGCUAAGAACCUGAAGAAGAUGGACGUCGGAGGACUGUCAGAUCCCUUUGUAAAGGUGGUGCUGCAGCACAACGGGAAGCGACUGAAGAAGAAGAAGACGUCGGUCAAACAGAACACUCUGAAUCCGUACUUCAAUGAGAGCUUCAGCUUCGAGAUCCCCUUCUCUCAGAUCCAGAAAGUCCAGGUGCUGAUCACUGUGUACGACUACGACAAGCUGGGCAGCAACGACCCCAUCGGCAAGUGCUGGAUUGGCUACGGCGCCUCAGGCGUCGGGCUGCGCCACUGGUCAGACAUGUUGGCCAAUCCCAGGCGUCCGGUGGCCCAGUGGCACACGCUGCUGCCAGAGGAGGAGGUGGACGCUGCUCUGAAGGCCCCCAUCCGCUAAACACACUCACACAUACACAGCACACCAUCAUCUGCAUAGAAGGGGUAUCGUUCAUCUGAAACCAAACAGCUGUUGGUUUAAUGAAAUGACCUCUAACUUUUAUUUAUAUUCAUCUACAUAAUUUCUGUAUUUUAUUUGGGGGUCUAUUUAUAUUACUGCAUGUGUGCUUUUGUGUUGUUUAAAACUGCAGUGUGGAACUUUUGUCUCCCCCCUCUGGCAGUGAGGGUUAUUACACAAAUAUUGUCACUGUGUGCUUAUAAUCUAUCCCUGCAGGAUCGCUCACUUCACAGCUUUAUUGCGUUUAAUCCUUCCUUAAAAGAUUAAUUUCUUAUCUGAAGCAUCCCCUCCUGAAACUUUUCUUUGAUGCCUCUUAGCAUUUCCUGCCGUGCGUCUACGUCUUUCCCUCCCCUCCUGCCCCCUUAGCUCCGGCUGGUUGACGUAAACCGCAUCACGUCCAGUGCUCCUCUGGUGAGAAGUCGCCACAGACAGCACAACUCUGACAUACUGAGAAAUUCAAAAGCUACCACUGGCAAUAAUAAUUAGGCCCUGAUCACACAGUUAGUGUUCUGCAGGUUGCAAGGCGCACUCCACUGCCUUUUUUUUUUGAUGCCACUAUUAAAAACCACUUGCUGCGUCUUUUUGUUGCCAAGCAACCACCCAUCACCACCUUACAGUAACCUUCCUUUGUAAUCAGUCUACUGUUUAUUUAUUGUAUUUAUCCUUCAGUGAGCAUUGUGCGUACUCCUGCGGCCAGGUCUUUGAUGUAAUGGACGUUCAUCAAUAUACAAAAGUUCUGCACUCCAGCUUUAAAUUCAUUUAUGACUUUCUAAAUAAAUAAAUCACCUUUAAAUACAUUAAAGAGAUACUCCAGCGAAUCAGUGUUGUAUUUACAUAAAGUUUUACAACUUUGUGUAAAUACAACACUUACAGAUUUUUUUUAAAAAGAGGGGGGCGUAAAAACCUCCUCCACAUUCACAGGAGACAUUAUUAACUGUUUUCUUGGGCUGAGUCAGUCGAUCUCCUCCUGAGGAGUAAACUUAACUUCAUGUGAAAAAUGGCAGAGUGCUCCUUUAAUAUGUAUUUCACUGACCACCUUUAUCUUGCAGACAAGGUGGUCAUCUUCCUCUCAUGUAAUCAGUGUCCUGACUGUCUCAAGGUUAAAAGGAUCUUUUUCUCCAGCACAGAUCAACUGUCGUGUUUUCACAGUAAUUUUGAUACUGUUGUACGAAAAGUAUAAAAUCUAUUCUUCGUGUUGGAGUAACUUGAACCUGCUGCUGCAGAGCUGCAUUGUGUCUUUGUCUGUAUGUUUUUUUCCUUUAUGUUUUCUCUUGUCAAACCCGAUCACUCUCUUUUUCUUCCAAACAAUUUAAACUUGAUUUUCCUGUGAAAUGAUUUAGUUUCAUGUUUCGCUCUGUGUCUCUGUGGCUCCUUCUGUGCUUGUGUUUGAGUGAGUGUUGAUGCUGUUUGUCUGGUGAGUGUGAACACUGAUGUUCAGCCCAGUCACCACAAUGAAUGCUGGUACUGUUUGCUUCUUGAAACCACCAAUACGUCACAUUUGUGUGCUUCAUGUGGAGCAGAUAUGUUGAGCUUUAUGUUAUGUUGUAUAUGCCAUAGCUGGAGGCAAUAUGUCCGUCCGUCCCAUUCUCAUGAACGUGAUAUCUCAAGAACACCUUCAGGGAUUUUCUUCAAAUUUGGCACAAACGUCCACUUGGACUCAACAAUGAACUGAUAGGAAUUUGGUGGUCAAAGGUCAAAGUUACUGUGACCUCACAAAACAUGCUUUUGGCCAUAACUCAAGAAUUCAUUCACUAAUUGUGACCAAACUUGACACAAAUGUCUAACAGGAUAAAAUAAUGAAGGUCAAAAGGUCAAAGGUCAGCUUGACUGUGACAUCAUCAUGUUUUAACGUCAUAUCUCAGGAACAGAAGGGGAGACUUUUGGUCAG